AUGACUGAAAGUUUCUCAAAAGAAUAUCUAAUGGGUUCUCCUCUAGAGGACAAUAAAAUGUGUGAAACCCAUGAUUUACCUAUUAAUACAAUAUGUGAGGACUGUGAUAAAUUCAUUUGUAAUAAGUGUGCCAAAACAGAUCAUAGAGAUCACGAAUGGAAGAGUCUAUCUACAGCAGCGACCGAAAAGAGGAGAGGUCUGCUUAAAUAUCUAACAAAGAUCAAGGAAGAGGAUCUGCCUGGAAUUGAUGAGAAAAUAGAGAAGAUUUCACAAAAGAUCAUAGAAAAUAAUGAACUUUGUGAUUCUGAGAUUAAAGGGCUACAUAAGCAUUGUGAAGCACUACUAGCCAGACUGGUAAAAAUCUUACAGCGUCAUGAAAGAACAUUGAAAGACAAUCUUGUUAAAAAGAAUGAUAAAUUGAACCAAGAGAAAUCUGAGCUGGACAAGAGGAAGAGAGGAAUUGUUAACACAGUGGAAUUCAUGGAGGAGAACAACUGCAAAAUGUCCAAUUACAGCUUGAUUGACAACCACAGAGAACUGACAAAAAUGUGUCUGAAUUGGAGGUUCAUUCCACAAACUGUGAACACUCAUUGA